CAUCGUAUGGCCCUGCCUCGACAUUUUUCAUCAUACUACCUCAUCUACACAAUAGUACACACAGCGCUUGGGUGUGGGUGUGUUGCUCAGUUUAGUUCUUGUUCAGCAUGAGAUCUUACCGUACAGGACUUCCGGUCCCCUCACACAUCUGUGUACUGUCCCUUUAACUAAGGGGGCCGCACAGUUGAAGCUGCAAUAUUUUACAGGCUGCUCCUCCGCUCACUCAGGACCCAUUCAUAAAUAACACAUCGUGUGGAAAAGAGAGCUCAUACAGCAUCUGAUUUUUAAUUAAUCGGAACUAGGGACGAGGUGAAAUCAGACAUGUUCACCUCGGCCGUGGACUGUGUAUCGGGGGCACAGCUGAGAGAGCAGGAGUGACUUCCCAUGGCUGACCCCCCUGCUGAUGGUUUUGACUUUAUGUGCGAACCAUCAGGAGGCAGCUUGAUCCAGCUCGGAGCAUUUGUCAAACCCAGAAAAAUGCUCGUUUCCUCCGAAGGUUUCCUGCGUGUUUCCGCCUUUCACAACUAACCCUGGUUUAAGCCGCUUUCAUCCUUCUUUUUUAUUAUUCUUUGUUUAAUUAAAUGAAAAUACAUCAGAGGAGCCGAGGACCUGACAUGCCGAUGGAGCAGUGAGUUAUGGCAGCCAAAGAGGAACUGUACGCCAAAGUGACGCCGCGGAGGCAGCGCCAGAGCCGGCCGAGCACCGUCAAACAUGGGACCACUCUGGACGUGCUGCUGUCCAUGGGCUUCCCCAAGACCAGGGCAUUGAAAGCUCUGGUUUCCACAGGAGGGAAAAACGUGCAGGCAGCUUGUGACUGGCUCUUCUCCCAUGUAGACGACCCCUUCCUGGACGACCCUCUGCCCAGAGAGUAUGUGUUGUAUAUGCGCCCCAGCGGAGUCCUCCUCCAGCAGCUGUCUCACUUCUGGCAGCAGUCCCCGCGUCUCUGUGGAAAGAACAAGGCCCACAACAUCUUCCCCCACAUCACCCUCUGCCAGUUCUUCAUGUGUGCCGAUGGGAAGGUGGAGGCUCUGACCGAAGCUCUGCAGGCAACCGUGGCCAAGUGGAAGGGUCUUAUCCCCAUGCCCCUCCCCCUGGAGCUCUACACCUCCUCCACCUUCAUCGGCCUCUUUGUGGAGGAGCAGAUGGCCGAGGUGCUGAAGACUUUCGCCUUGGACUUUGCCACCGAAGCCACAGCUAAAGCAGAUGUUCACGUCGAGCCUCAUAAGAAACAACUUCAUGUCACGUUGGCGUAUCACUUCCAAGCCAGUCACCUUCCGAAUUUGGAGAAGUUGGCCAAAACGGUGGAGGUGUCUUCAGGCUGCGACUGGCUGGCCGUGCUCUACUCCCGGGACAUUCGCUUUGCUAAUCAUGAGACGCUGCAAGUCAUGUACCCGUACGUGCCUCAGAAUGAUGACGAGCUGGAGCUGGCGCAGGGAGACUUCAUCUUCAUGUCCCCUGUGGAGCAGAGCAGUGCCAGUGAGGGCUGGGUGUUCGGCACCUCGCUGGGCACGGGGCUGUCCGGCCUGCUGCCUGAGAACUACGUCAACCGCGCUGAUGAGUCUGACACCUGGGUCGUCCACGGGUCUCACUCCGUGCUCACCAGUGCCUCUCCGUCUAUCUCCGGCAGCAGCGUGGCGGGGUCAUUGUUUGACGGACAGCUGAACGACAGUCUGUUUGACACUCUCAUGGAUCCUCCCGGCCUUACUGGCCUCUGUCCUCCUAUGCAGGUGUUGAGGCCAACCUGUCAGUCUUCCCUGUCCAAGAUGAGACUGUUUGUGUGUCGCCAUGGCGAGAGGAUGGACGUGGUGUUUGGGAAAAACUGGGUCUCUCAGUGCUUUGACGCCAAAGGCCGAUACAUUCGCUCCAACCUCAACAUGCCGUCCAGCCUGCCAGCCAGAAGUGGAAGUCACCGGGACUACGAUAAAGAUUGUCCAAUUACUGUGUUCGGCUCCACCCAGGCCCGACUUGUAGGUGAAGCUCUGUUGGAAAGCCACACAGGAAUAGACUUUGUUUACUGCUCGCCUUCUCUUCGCUGCGUCCAGACUGCUCAGAACAUUCUGCAGGGUCUCCAGCAGGAGGCAAAGACAAAAAUCCGUGUGGAGCCUGGGUUGUUUGAAUGGACCAAGUGGGUUUCAGGCACAAGUUUACCCGUGUGGAUCCCCCCAGCUGAGCUGGCUGAUGCUAACCUGAAUGUGGACACAACGUACAGACCUCAUAUUCCCGUAAGCAAGUUGACAGUAUCAGAAAGCUACGACACCUACAUCAGCAGGAGCUUCCAAGUAACCCGUGAGAUCCUGACAGACAGCAAAAACCUGGGAAACACGGUCCUGAUUGUGGCCCAUGCUUCCUCCCUGGAGGCCUGCACUCGUCAGAUACAGGGCCUCAGCCCGCAGAACUCCAAGGACUUUAUCCAAGUUGUCCGAAAGAUUCCUUACUUGGGUUUUUGUGCUUGUGAAGAAUUGGGAGAGACCGGGGUGUGGCAGCUGGUCGACCCGCCCAUCUUGCCUCUGACACAUGGACCCAAUCACAGCUUCAACUGGAGGGAAAUGCUAAUGCAAGACUGAAGGAUUUGCUCUUUGGCUCUCUUAUCUUUUGGUGACCCUGAACUGCUGAAAGAAAUAUUUAUAUUUAACCCACUCUGCUCUAAAUCCAGCCCAACUACCAAAAAAAAAGGAAAGAAGAAAAACCACGUCUGGCUUCCUUCAAAGACAUCAUGCAAAAAAAUAAAUGCAUUUAUUGAAGCAAAUGUAUUCAGACACACAGCUCAGGAAUGAGAAAAAAAUAUGAGCCACAGAUAGAAUUGCAGUUUGGUGUUUUGAGAAGACUUGCUGAUGAAUCAGGUUUAUUGCCAUGAAGUGACGUUAAGUCUGUGACUCCUCUUCAGGCAGGGCGGUGAAGACUUCACACACUGUGACAAGAAGUAGACGAGAAAGACUACCACCACAGAAAUAUUUUUCCAUGUGUCAGAAACUAUUAUUUAACUUGUAGCUAAGACCCUCCCGCAAAAAAAAAAAAAAAGCACAAAAGAAAUGUUGACAAUCAGACAGGGGAAAACUGAUCUUCAUUGUUUCUGGUGCCGAGAUGGGUGGUUUAUGAUUCCUGUAAAUGUCAUAUCAUUAAGUGAUUUUCUCUAAGUUAACAUUUAAUUGCCAACAUGAAUCGUUUUACUUUCCUGCAAUGCAGUUUUAUUACCACCACAGGAGCAACCAAGGCUUAAGAAAAUGUAUAUAAUUUAAUACAGACCGCUUUUGGGUGCAUUGACUAAAAAUAUUUGCUUGUUAAUCACAGCAGCACUGUUGAAUUUCAUGUUUUUUGUUAUGUCAGAUGAUUUAAAUGCUUACUGCCUAUACCAACUGUUUGUUAUUUGAGACCAAGCAUCUAUUGAUACUCUCAAAAAUGAAUAAAGCAAGGAUGUGAAUAUAUGAAGGCCUAUACAUAUAAGCCUGUGCCAUGUGUUCUGUAAAAAAAAAAAUCACUUCUUUACAUAAGAUAUUAGUGAGAAUUAAGUAGCUCAUAAUUUUUGGUACUGUUUUACACAAAUAGCUUUGCAGUUGUUUAUUAAAUAAAGAUAUGCAGGCAUUGCAAUGAA